UUCGCCCAGAAGCGCCGCGAUGCGGGGCUCAGAAACGGGGUCAAAAAAUCCUCCAUUCUGAGGGAAGCGACUGAGAGGCAGAGCUGCGGAGGGGCGGCGGAGACUCGGCGGAGACUCGGCGGAGAUUUGGGCGCCUGUGUGGAUGUCUGAGAGCCGGAGAAGGAGGGAGUAUUUGGGUUGGAAGAGACACUUUUUUCCAGGCUAGGCUCCUCGCUGUAUUUUCCCUUUCCUCUGUAGAGAAGAGGAGGAGGAGGAGCAGGAGGAGGUGAAGGAGGGGACUCGGCAGGAGCAGAGUGCGUUUCUCCGGGCUGAAUGAAGCUGGAUAUAUGGGAUAUGGAGGGAUGACUGUUUAAUCCCGCUGUUUGUACCGUUUUCACGGCUUUAUCUCGCCCCGGUUUCCCCCCCCUUUCCUCCCCCGGGCCGGACUCGCUAUGGUGGACUCCACUGCCAUGAGGAAGACUUUCGUGGUCCCGGAUAUAAAGCCUUUGGAUCAGUACGAUUUCAGCCGGGCUAAGAUCUGCGGCAGUGUGGGCUGGCUGCUGGCGAAAUCCUACGGCAAUGCAGAAAACGUUCCAGUGGAGCUGAGAGACCCCUUCUAUUGUGACCAGUACGAGCAGGAGCACCUCAAGCCUCCAGUGACCAGGCUGCUGCUGUCGCCCGACCUCUACUGCCGCACCUACGGCCUGCUCCUGGCUGGGGGCUCCGGCGCGGAGGGCCCCCCCAAAGACAGUGGUGCUCUCCUGCAGACCCUCAGCAAAAAGGGCCUGUCUCCAAAAGACCAGAACGUCCCUGUGACCGAAGCUGACCUCAGCCACAAGCCCAUCAAAAUGAGUGCCCAUUUGGCAUUGAUAGACGCGUUGAUGGUGGUGGCUGCCAUGGAGACGGUGAGCACGGUGCGGGCGAAUGGCGGAGCGGAGCAGUUCAGCGGAGAAGCCUCCUGGGAGAACGCCCUUCUGGACUGGGUCAACAUGUUAAAUGAGAAACUGAAAGAAAGAACAGAUGAUGACCAGACCCAGCCCAGCUCAGAGCCACAGCCUGUUCAACCCUCAUGUCCCACCCGCUGGUACUGGAAACUUGUUCCUCUCCGGUACAGGAAGGAUAAGAUGCUGUCCAAGCUGAAGCCCUGUUUUCCUGUGGUGAAGGAAGUGAAUGACCUCUCCAAUGGCUGUGCCAUAGCUGUUGUUAUCCACUACUACUGCCCCGGCCUGCUGCGCCUGGAAGACAUUUGCAUGAAGGAUUCAAUGUCUCUGGCGGACAGUCUCUACAAUCUUCAACUCAUUCGUGAGUUCUGUGACAGUUGUCUGAAGAGCUGCUGCCACCUAGUGUUGGAGGACAUGCUCUACAACCCACCUGAGUUGCAGGUGAACAUACUGAGCUUUCUGGCAGAGCUCCUGUACUGGUUUGAGGUCUCGAAGCCUGAAUUCGUUCAGCCCUUGCAGGCUCCAGAGCUGACUGAAUCCACUGAAAGGACUGAUAAUGGCAACAGCAACAGUAGCUCCCCCUCCAUCUUUAAAAAGCCCUUCCUGCCCAUCUCCUCCCCUGUGACCACAGCUCCAGGCUCUUUGACUCAGUCUACCUCAAUGUCUCAUGUAGAGGCAGCUGGUCGAACAUGGACUAAGAAACCUCCAAGUCGCUCGCUGUCCUCUGCAGUGUCCUUUAGUAUCCCCUUCGGUCUGGACAGCGACGUUGACAUAGUGAUGGGUAACCCAGUGAUAACCCGCUCAGUCAGCUCUGACAACCUAAAUCCAGUAGGACAGCCAGCGACGCAUGUUCCCUACACCCCUCCAGAGGACCUUACUCACGUGUUGAGCAAGCCUUCUGGCGCCAAUGGGCCUCACCGUGCCUCGUGGGCCACCCAGAACCCUAAGGUGCCCCUGCUGGUGGAGGAGAACGGCCUGGAUGAGAACGACUCCGGUGAGUUGCCUACCAUUGAAGAGGCUCUGCAGAUCAUCCACAAUGAAAGCAAAAUGGAGCCCCGGCUGCACCCAGAUGGAGCACCUGAUGGCUUUUAUUUGCACUCGCCGGAUGACCCAGCCAGCCGAAGGCACAAUGGAACCCCUACCACUCUCAGCUGCUCCGCCCCUUCCCACUCAGGAAUGCAGCACCGGCCAUCUGGGGUUGUACGUGAGCCGGGCCGCACCAGACACACAUCGGAAGGCUCAAGAGAUGAUGAUUCAGUGCUCAGAGAUGGGAGCAUGGACUCUGAUGCAUCCGAGGACCUUCCCAAAACCCAUUCUACACCCGCCACCCCUGCAGGAAGUGCUCGUGGCACCCGCUCCCAGGGUGCAGAGACUCCUGACAGUGGAAUAAAAAUGACUAGCUUUGCCGAGCGCAAGAAGAAAGCUGUUCCAGAGCAGCCCAAAACCAGUGAGGCCCCUGCCCCACAGAUGACAACCUGGGCGGCCAAGAAAGCAGACGAGAGCCCUGGAAAGAGCCCAACUCUCACCAAUGAGAUGUCAGAACUAGGGGCCAGACUUGAAGAAAAACGUAAGGCCAUCGAAGCACAGAAGAAGCGCAUCGAAGCCAUCUUUGCAAAACAUCGACAGAGGCUAGGCAAGAGCGCCUUCCUGCAACUCAAGAAGGGACAAGACGGAGAAUCAGAGGAAGGUGAGGGCGGUUCCUCUGCAGAGCUAGAUGAGCGAUUGGCUCGCUUGGAGAGUGAAGUACAGCAGGAUGAAGAGGAGCAGAAGAAAAAGCAACCUCUACCGGAGGAUGAGGGUAAUUCCUCAAACAAAGCUUCUGCACAGCAGACCCCUAAUGAAAAGCCAGUGGCCGGUACACCGGGUGAAAAGAGCACAGUCCCGCUGGGUGACUACAACAACGCUGUAUCAAAGCUGAACGCUGCUCUCAGCUCGCUGCAGAGCGACAUGCAAAGGCUGUCUGAACAGCAGAACCAGUUGAUGAAGAAGAAGACCCCAACCUCCAACCAGGCCUGGGUAAUUCCACCCAGCACAAAAGCACCCACUCCAACAGGACCGCCUCCGCGACUGUCCAGAGAGUCGACCCGUGAAAUGGUGCCAACCUCCACCUCCUCGUCCCCUUCCCCAUCUCGCAGGGUCAGUGCUCAGAUCACAAUCCCCAAGUCGCCAGGCUCCCACCGAAGGGCACAGUCAGCACCACCAAAAAGCCCAAAACACCACCAACCACACUCACGAUCAACGGACCUUAAGGCGCCAACAAUUACCCGAGUCAUCACCGCUCCUCAUAGCGUGGACAACAUCCCCCACCGACGCAGGGUGUUUCCUUGGCAGUAUCGUGACCAGACCUCAUCCUCUUUUAGCAUUGGCACACCAGCGUCUCAGCUCGAUUCCCGACCAGCUUCCCAGCUUCUCCUGCCUGAGGACGACAACAUCUCUGACACAGGCUCCAGUGAGGACCGCACAGUCUUCAGCCUGGACUUAGAAGGGGGCUCCACCAACCAACUUCUACCCAGGAAGGACUAUCAGAGCGGAGGUGGAAGUUCUGGAGCUCCAUCAGAGUGCUCGUUUGAGAGUGAUGUCCCAGCAGCUUCCUAUAGUGGCAAGCGAAGCAGCCUAAUUGAGAUCUCCCUCUCUUCUUUGAGAGGGCUGGAAGGAGAGGACCCUGACCAAGGAUCGGGACCCGAUGCAAUUUCCGACUCCAUGAGUGACCUGACUGAGCCGGAGACAAGGGGCGGUGUCGGGUUCUUCUUUAAGGAUGAGGCUCGGCCAGAAGAUGAAAUGGCUCAGAGGAGAGCUGCAUUGCUGGAGAAGCAGCAGAAGAGAGCUGAAGAACUUAAAAGGAAAAAACAAGAGCAGGAGAAAGAGAGGGAGGCGAGCAGACGCGGCUCCAUGGACGAGUUGCGGAUAGGUGAGCGAGCGGACCGUCCCCAGACGCCCUGCACCCCUCCCCAAUCACGCACCCCACCCCGUGCUCCUACGCCCGAAGGUACCUCACACCGACGAGGAGAUUUCACCCGACAGGAGUACGAACGACGCCACCAGCUGAAGAUCAUGGAGGACCUGGACAAGGUGCUGCGGCAGAAACCCACCACCGUCCGAGGGGUCAAAAAACAGCGACCUAAAACAGUGUUCCACGAUGACUCCGCCCUCUCCCGCAGCCCAGCUAAAGGAUUUAUGGGUUCUCGUCUGAAUAAAGUCUACUCUCAUUCCACCAAUAAUCUUUCCUCUAUGGCCAACGAUGGUGGGACGCUGACCGUCAGAAAGUCUCCAAGUCGCUCUCAUUCUCCAUCACGGCUGAUGUCCCCAAGUCGCUCAGCCAUGCAGAAUGGUGAGAAGGACUGGGAUAUUGCAUCCACCAUUUCUUCACCUGCCUCCAUCCCUGAGUAUACAGGACCCAAACUGUAUAAGGAGCCAAGCUUCAAAUCCAACAAGUUCAUCAUCCACAAUGCCAUCUCACGCUGCUGUUUGGCAGGCAAGGUCAAUGAACCACAGAAAAACAAGAUUAUAGAGGAAAUGGAGAAGAGUGCCGCCAACCACUUCCUCAUCCUUUUCCGGGACUCGAGCUGCCAGUUCCGUGCGGUUUACACCAUGAACCCUGAGACCGAGGAGCUGGUCCGUCUAACUGGAAUCGGCCCUCGGCUGAUCGGCCCCUCCAUGGUCGAGUCCAUCUAUAAGUACAGCUCCGACCGCAAGCAGUUCACCGCCAUCCCGUCCAAAACCAUGUCCAUGAGCGUGGACGCCUUCACCAUCCCUGGCCACCUGUGGCAGAGCAAGCGCCCAGGGACACCCAAGAAGCUCGGAACACCGAAAUGAAAGAACCGGGACUUGGACCUGGCUGAUGUAGCCUGUCCUAUCUCAACCUUCUGUCCCCUCCCUCCUUUCUCCAGUUCAGCAGGGGAGCGGAAUCGGAGAUAAAAAGGGGGUUCUGUUCCAGGUGGGGUUUUAUCACUUUCAAUCAACGCCCCGCGGAUUCAUUAAUGCCCCUGCUGAAUUCCUCCGUCUGCUUUGGUUCAAGUGAUCGGAUCGGAUGGAAGGAAAAGUGCUAUAGCCAUUUACUCAAAAAGAAAGAAAAGUCCCAAAAAGACUGGAAUUCCUUUUUGAUUGUAUAAAAAAAACCCUAUUUGCUGAAGAUAAACUGUAGAUGAAGUGACCUCUCCUCUCCUUUUUUUUUUUUUUUAAAUUGGUCAUCUCGAAUGUUGGCCGCUUGGCCUAUCUUAAUGAUAAUGGGAAGAGGUGCAGACAAAAACUGACGCUGCUUUAAGUACAUGCCAUUAAACCGGAGCUUGGCCUCCUCCACACUUUCCCUACUUUGCCUACUUUCCCUUUCCCAUCUUUGUUUGUUUGUCUGUUCGUUUGUUUGUUUGUUUUUCUACAUUUAUGCUCUUUCUCCUCUUUUUUCCUCCCGUCUUGCCCUUCCUGUCCAGGGCAUUAGAUCGCAUCAUUGAACUGAGGUCUUAUCCUGGCGCAGAACAGAAUAUCACAACUGAAUUCAGCCCCUUAAUGAAUGUAGGGCACAAGCCAGCCAAGGGCUUCUGAACUUUCGAGUUUCGUCAAUGGGCCAGUCAGUCCAGUGGGCUGGGGUGUAGAGUUCUUCCACUGUGGGGGGAAGGGGGACGGAAGAGGGGGUAUGGUUAUUCAUGCGACUGUGCCUAAAACUAUCUAAUGGGAGUGAUGACUCGCGCUGCAGUGUGUGUGUGUGUGUGUUGAGCACGUGCCUCUCUGACUCUUACACACUUCUCGCAGCCCUGUUCUUUGCCUAGCCUAGUUAGCUCUAGACAUCUGGAUGUUUUUUUUUAAUAAGAAAAAAAAAACAUAAUACUUUUGACAUUUAUCCAAGUAGAUCACAUGACACUAGCCUUCGGGCCUCAGGUGAGCUGGGUACCAUGACUCGGCUUGUGUGCGAUAAUUUUCUGUCAUCUCUGUUUCUGUUGAUUACGAAUGAAUGAGGAGAAAAAGAAAAAAAAAACAGACAUCGCUCUCUCUGAUUGCAUUACUGAUCGUUUCUACUCUACUCUUCUCCUGUAACUGGAAAAAAAAAUAUGGGGGUGAAACAAAAAAAAAAAGAACUUCAACAAUCAUUUCAUGUACAUCAUGAAUGCUGUUAAUUAGCUGAUUCUUUUCCAUUUUGUUUUGUUUUUUUGACAAUGAUUUGUAUAUGAUGCUACGAAGAUUUGUAAAGGUGUGAAUAAGCUGCCCUGUGGUUUCGGUUCGAGAAGCUGUGCACACUUGUGUAGGUGCACGAGUGUAUGCGAGUGCGAGAGAAAGAGAGAAAACGAGAGAGAGAGGGAGAAAUCAAAAGUGAGAGAAGAAGGAGAGACAAAAUGAAUAAAGAUUGAACAUCUACAGAAACUUGAUUUAAUUCCCCUUAUUUCAGGUAUUCAAGGUCUACUUUCAUCUCAAACAGGUAGCAGCACUAACCUAGUGAUAGUUUUAACAUGUUAAUAAGAAUUAAGGCAUUCUAUAGCGUUUGACCAGCCUGAUCUCUUACUGCUCUGCUGUAUUUGUAGGGAACAGUUUGAACAGUAAGACCUAAAAUUGUUGCGACCUAAAGAGAAACAUUGAUCAUUAAACAUCUAUUAUUAUAAAAAAAUUUCAAAUAUCUAAAAAGAGAAAUAUGUAAAAACUUUAGUAAAUAUGUAAAACAUGUAGUAAUUAUGUUACAAAAUAUCUUGGACAUUUAACUAUGAGAAAAUAUUUGGGGAAAGCUUAUGAAUUUGAGUGAAAUGAACAUUGUUGUUUUAUUUGCUCUAUAAACUACAGACAACAUUUCUCCCAAAUUCCAAAUAAAAAUAUUGUCAUUUAGAGCAUUUAUUUGCAGAAAAUGAAAAAUGUUCUCCUCCACCAGUCUUACACACUGCUUUUGGAAAAAAAAAUAUUUAAAAAUCAGCUUGGCUUGUGAUCAUCAAUCUUCCUCUUGAUUAUAUUCCAGACGUUUUCAAUUUGGUAAAAUAAAAAAAAAAUCAUCAUUUAUAAGCUAUGAAAAGUUUCUAUAGAUGUUUAAUGGGACUUAAUUCUAAAGAUUUUCAAAUCUACAGGUAUCUGUUUAUCUAUGUACAAAGAAGAAAAAGCAUCUCAUUGAUUUGUGGUAUUCAAUAUUGUGCUACAGAUGCAGCAGAUAAAGAUCAGGUUGGAAAAUGCUGGUUGAAGAUUUCUGUACUGAAGGUUCUGCUGAGUGAGGGGAAAGCUGCUGCCCCAGGUCUCAGCAGUGGAGUCUUGAGAAAUAAACAGCUCUGGAAAAAAUUAAGAGACCACUACAGUUUCUGAAUUGGUUUCUCUGAUUUUGCUAUUUAUAGGUAUAUAUUUGAAUAAAAUGAACAUUGUUGUUUUAUUCUAUAAACUACAGACAACAUUUCGUCCAAAUUCCAAAGAAAAUAUUGUCAUUUAGAGGGAUUAUUGGCAGAAAAUGGGAAAUGGCUGAAACAGAUUUCAGACCUCUAAUAAUGCUUUCAUCUUGUCAUGUUCUCCUCCACCAGUCUUACACACUGCUUUUGGAUAACUUCAUGAUGCUUUACUCCUGGUGCAAAAAUUCAAGCAGUUCAGUUUGGUGGUUUGAUGGCUUGUGAUCAUCCAUCUUCCUCUUGAUUAUAUUCCAGAGGUUUUCAAUUAGGUAAAAUCAAAGAAACUCAUCAUUUUUAAGUGCUCUCUUAUUCUUUCCCAGAGCUGUAGUUUUGAGUUGAUGUAUUUUGGCCUUAUUCAUUUGUGGGGACCAACCACUGCCCUGAAUCUCGUUCCUGUAUAUCCUGAGGGUUUUCCAGGCUCUCCUGUACUUAUCUAAACCUUGAUUAAGCACUAGAACAAUUUGAUUAAGCCAGGCUACGCUCUCCUGGCUCUAAGAAUUAAAAGUGAUUGAACCGCUUCCAACUGAUGAAGAGGCCGUUUGCUUAUCUGAAGUGAAGAUGUAAAUAUUUUUAUAGGAGCACAGUCCUUAUUGUGGAGUGGUUGAAGAUGUUUUUUUUUUUGUAUGUGAAGUGAAUGGGCGAUUCCUGCACAUGUGCGAAGCGUGAAGCUGUGUGUGUGCGCGCAUCUGUGUGUGUUUGUGAUCCGUAUGAAAGAUCAUAGUGAUGAAAGUUAUUGUAGUGAUGAAACUGGAGUCUGUGCAAUCCUCCUGUAGAAUGUUCUGUCGGUAAUGGAUUAUUUAUUGGGUAAGGACUAGCUGGAAUUAUUAUUAUGUUAUUGUUAUUAUUAUGUUAAAAAAUAUUUUUUGGUUAAUGUUUAGAUUCAGAUUUGUAUUAUUUAUGUUCUGGUAAGGUGGUGAUUCACACAUUCAUUUCAUACUUUAAAUAAGGCACCUUGAACAUAUUGGCCAUCUUUUUUUUUUUCCUUUUUUUUUGUUCUUUUCUUUUUUUGCCACCACAUCCAUGUCUGUAGCGUCUCUAUUUCCUUUGUUCCUCCCUGAUUGUUGAUAAUUGCAGAUCUAUCAGUCUGAUUCACUGAAUGAUCUGAUGAAUAAAAUCAUUUUUAAAUCA